AUGUCGACUGCUGCUGAUUCGAAGGAAACCAAGACUGGAGGUGAGAAGAGCGAGUCUUCGCUUCGGCGAAGUUUGAGAGUGGCUGGAUUGCCAGCCGAGGUGGUGCCGACGGAGUCUGGGACGCCCAGGGCGACAAGAUCGACUGCGGAAGCCCGGACACCCAGUGCUAAGGGAGAAGCUGCGUCGUCAGGCGAGGUUGCGCCAAGCGCUGAGCCGGAGGUGCCACCAAUGACGGAAACUGCUGUGCCGCCACCAAGUUCGCCCGAGAGGAAGAAGUCGGAGGAUGAACAAGGUGGUGGAGCGGGUGCUCAGCCGAGUGCUCGUGUUGGUGAAAGUCCAAGCCUGAGAGAGCCUGCUGUGAGUCGAGCGUUGACGCCGCGCAGGACUUCUGAGGUUGCGACUGCAACUUCUCAGCCGCAAGGUGUUAACCCGGAGCCAACUGCUGCGGAUCUCCGUAGUGGCCAAGCCGAGGGUGGUGCACUGAGGGUGCUGGAAAGCCGAGAGAUGCAGCUGCGAGCUCAAGGUGCUGCUGGGUGA